AUGGGUUCAAUGAAAACCGCAAAACCUCAUGCAGUUUUAGUUCCAUAUCCAUCACAAGGUCAUGUCACCCCUAUGAUGAGACUUGCAAAGCUUUUGCAUUCAAGAGGUUUUUAUAUCACUUUUGUGAACACGGAAUAUAAUCACAGACGUUUGAUCCGAUCAAAAGGCCCUGAUUCUGUGAAGGGGUUGCCUGAUUUCAAGUUUGAGACCAUACCUGAUGGAAUGCCGCCGUCAGAUGAAGAUGCAACCCAAGAUGUUCCACUCCUGUGUGACACUACAAGGAAAACAUGUUUGUUGCCUUUCAAAGCCCUAUUGUCCAGGCUUAAUUCGUCACCUAACGCGCCUCGAGUUACGUGCAUUAUUUCAGAUGCACUGAUGAGCUUUGCCAUUAGGGCUGCUGAAGAUAUGGGGAUUCCAGAGGUUCAGUUCUGGACUGCUUCUGCUUGCUCCUUUAUAGGAUACUUGCAUUACCGAGAACUCAUCAAAAGAGGCAUUUUCCCUUUCCAAAAUGAUGACUACCUUACUGAUGGCACUCUUGACACCCCAAUUGAUUGGAUAACCGGUAUGAGCGAUAUUUGCCUCAAGGAUGUUCCUAGUUUUAUCCGAACAACUGAUCCCAACGACAUCAUGUUCGAUUUCUUGGGAGAAGAAGCACAGAAUUGUCUCAAAGCUCCUGCCAUAAUUUUCAAUACCUUCGAAUUUGAGCAAGAAGCCUUACACGCUGUAAUAUCCAAAUUCAAUUUCUCAAACAUUUACACAAUAGGGCCUCUUCCUCUACUUGGCAGGCAUUUCCCUGAAAGCAAAGCCAAGUCUCUAAACUCGAGUUUAUGGAAACCGGACUCAAAAGUUUUUGAAUGGCUGGACAGCAAAAAACCUGAGUCAGUUGUUUACGUGAAUUAUGGGAGCGUGACAACAAUGUCAGGCACUCAUUUUCAAGAAUUCGCGUGGGGGCUUGCAAACAGCAAGCAACCGUUUGUCUGGAUUGUGAGGCCGGAUGUUGUGAAAGGCGAAUCAGCAAUGUUGCCUGAAGAAUUUCACGAGGAGAUUAAGGAUAGAGGAUUGUUAAUAAGCUGGUGUGCACAGGAUCAGGUGUUGGAACACCCCGCUGUAGGUUCAUUCUUGACACAUUGUGGAUGGAAUUCUAUGAUGGAAAGCAUAUGUGCGGGUGUACCAGUGAUCUGCUGGCCUUUUUUUGCUGAUCAGCAAACAAAUUGUCACUAUUCGUGCUCAAAAUGGGGAAUUGGGAUGGAGAUCGAUCAUAAUGUGAAGCGCGAUGAAGUUGCGCCAUUGGUUAUGGAAAUUAUGGAAGGUGAGAAAGGUAAGAAAAUGAGAAUCAAGGCUAAGGAAUGGAAGAAAAUAGCACAAGAAGCUACGGAUGUUGGGGGACCAUCUUAUGUCAACUUUGAUAAGUUCAUUGAGGAAGCUCUACAUUUUCAAGAUUGA